UAUGCGAUGGUCCGGGGUGUAUGUAGGCCAGUGAUAGGCCUGCAUGUGCUGCUCUGUCUUUGGCUUAAAAAGUUCAAGUCAUUAUUCUCCUCCUGCUCCUAUUCAGCCGAGGUCCCGUUGGCUCAUUGUUAUUCUGCCCGAGUGACAGGGAGAGAGGCGGACACAGAAUGGGAGGCUGACUGGGGCUUCCAACGGCAGGGAGCUGGUUGUACUGGGCGGGGGGUUUUGUCGGUGCUGGUUUUUCUGGCCGGUUAUUGCGGGCGUGAAGGCAUGUUGAUAAUCGGCUCAGUAAUGAGGAGAGGUACUGAACGGCACCAAAUAUCUGACCCCGAUUCCUGGGAGUAGAGAGAGGCAGAGGACAGGGGGAAAGUGUGUGUGUCGGUGUAUGUGUGUGUGUGAGGCAGAGAGGGGGGAGAGGGCCAUGUGAAAAAGGGGUGGAGGGGAGCUGAGAUUUAGUGCUCUGCUGGAUGAAACAACCCCCCACUAACUAACGGAGAGGGAAAGUAGCCUAAUGGGAAGAAAAGAGGGGGUGUUGUACUGUUCAUUUAACACUCAAAGACGCGCAGGAAGCUUUUAUCGUUUCCCACAAUGAGAUCAGAAAAGGGGAUUGCUGUCUGCUGUAAAGCCUAGGGCCCUGAGCAACAGAAAUAAUCAAUACAGACGUACAUAGCGGCAGCAAAUAACCAAGAGAGCAAAAAUGUCUCGAACAGAAGAGGUCAACAAGAUGACAGAAAAUGUCUACAAGGGGAUUCUGGACCAGUUCAACCCCAGUCUGAAGAACUUUGUGACCAUGGGGAAACACUAUGAGAAAGCCCUGACAGGAGUGACCGUGGCUGCCAAAGGGUACUUUGAUGCUCUGGUGAAGCUUGGAGAGCUGGCGAGUGACAGCCAAGGCUCCAAAGAGCUGGGAGACACACUGUUUCAGAUGGCCGAGGUCCACAGACAGAUUCAGGUGCAGCUGGAAGACGUGUUAAAGCUGUUUCACUCUGAGCUGCUCGCCCAGUUGGAGCAGAAGCUGGAACUGGAUAUUAAAUACCUCACAGCCACCCUGAAGAAGUAUCAGAGUGAGCGGAGGUCUAAAUCUGAGUCUAUCGAGCGCUGCCAGUCCCAGCUGAAGAAACUGCGCAGGAAGAGCCAAGGCAGUCGUCACCCAAACAAAUAUGGAGACAGAGAGAUGCAGUUUGUGGAGUUGAUGAGUCGUCGCCAAGGAGAACUUGACACGCUGGUUGCCGCAGGUUACAAGUCUGCGCUCACAGAGGAAAGGAGGCGAUAUUGCUUCCUGGUGGACAGACAGUGUUGUGUCACCAAGCUGCUCAUCAACUACCACUCCAAGGUGAGAGAGCUUCUGUCACAGAAACUGUCAUCUUGGCAGCAGUCAUGUUCUCAGCCCACAAAACUCCCGGAGCGUGCUCUGAAUCUGCUGCGUCACACCGCGCCUCAAGGCUCAGGGGCUGCUGGGAUAGCCGAGGUCCUCCGCCACACCAAGAUCGGCUCUGCUCAGCCAGAACAGAGACUCUCAGUGCAAGAAGUCCCUCCUCUGUUGAAUGGAGACUCCAGUCGCUCCCAGCAGCAGCGCUCGCUCCCCUCCUCCUCCUCCCAGAGUGAAACCUGUCCUCCUCAGGGCUCCCCCCACACUUUCCGCUCCCUCUCUGGUGGAGGAGGUGCUGGAGGUUCCUCACGAGGAGCGUCUCCUCAGCACACCAGCACGCCCCUCAGUGCAUCUGCCAGCCCCCUCCCUGACAGCAGCGCCAGCAGCAGCGCCAGCCCCGCUACAUCCACCCCCACCACGUCCAGCGGCUCGGCCCAGCAAACCGCUCUCCUCUUGGCUGCCAACACAUCCAACCUCUCCCCGAGUCUCAUCCCCUCCACGGUGAUGUCAGUCAGCCAGGUCUCCCCACCUGGCAGCACCUUGCAUGGCAUGACCCUCCCCAUCCCCCACAGUGCUCCUCACAGUCCUCCACUGCCCCACAGUGCUCCUCUCUCCAGGGCCAUGACUCCUGUGCAGCUACUGCACCAACAGGUGGGACCAGGAGGAAGCAAUACUUCAUCACCGUCACAUAACCCCUGGCUGCUGAAGACCGCUGACAUGUGUACAACUGCAACGCUUCCACUGCCGCGGAGACCUGUCAGUGAAAUGAGGCUGGGCGGCUUUCAGGGGUUUGAUUACAACCCUUUCCUCUACCUAGGCUCCAGUCUCCCCAGGAUGCUGCCUUUAUCUGGACCUACCCGGGUGGAAGCCAUGUUUGCUCACUCUCCUGGAGCAUCCGAGGGCAGCGGUGUAGGGAGUGGGGCUUGCUUACUGCACUUCCAACCUGGUGACAGCAUCACCCUGCUCAUCUCCGAGCCCAGAGAUGGGUGGCACUACGGUCAGAAUGAACGAACUGGACGGAAAGGCUGGUUCCCUUUCUCCUACACUCAGUCCACACACAGUAAGAUGGAUCACCUCGAGAGCUCGCUCUUCUUAUCUAAGGCGAACAGCACCAGUACAGGCCAGCUCGACAAGCUGGUGUCUCCAGGUCUCCCAGCGCUCACCCCCGAGUCAGAGGAGGAGCGCUCCCUUCCUCCACAGAGGGUCAGCACCUUCCGCCCGCGCCCAUACAGCAUGGCCGACAGCAACAAGAUCACCUCAGAGUUGGUCUCUCCUCCACCCUCUCCAACCAGGACUAAUCCAUUUGCCCACAUUCGACUCAGAAAAACUGUCACCAACGAUCGCUCCGCUCCCAUCAUUGAGUAAGAGUUUCAUUCCCACAGCAGCAGCAGUCCUGUUCUCUGUGGUUUGUCAGUCCAUCAGACCUCAGGUUGAAUCCUGGAAACAGCUCAUUGGUUCACAGUUGAUUCUUUACUUUGGAUGUUCGCAAAUUAAUCAAAUACAGAUUGUGUUUUGUGUGCAGGUGUAGAACUUUUUAAAUCAAAGUGUAAAAGGUUCACGCGUAAAGGCUGAGUUGUUUUAAAUAUGAUUACAGUCCAGACAGUUUUGAGAUAGUUAGGUAGGGAAAAAAGUAGAAACAAGACAAGAUGCUAUAAUAUCUGAAAAUUCUGAGUGAAACGAGACAUUGAAAUAAAUUCUAGGCUAGUUAUAAUAAAACAGAAGUAAGAGGUUUGGCUGUACUUAGCUUAGUGUUUGAAAUGGACAUAAUGUGUCGUCCAGAGUAACUAACAUUUGCAGGUUUUCCUGGCCUAUGAAAGAUGCCUCUUAUAUCUCUUACUGUUUUACAGUGCAAUUUAUAUUCCUCAACAUAACCUUUAAUGUAGGGUUUUUUUUGUGCCAUAUUCAGAAAAGUUUUCUUUGUCGGGCUGAUCUAGGGACUGGCUCCUAAUAACAGGUUGUGAACUUUCACUGUAAUGAAGUGUUACGGAAAGAGGACAGGCUCCUACUCUAAAAGUGCUAUUACCAUAUUAUAUUUUUUAGGAAAGCUGCCAGAUUGUUUCUUGGUUUCAGUGAAGGUGAACUUUUAAAUUUAUUCAAAGUGUCUUGUCUAUUUUAAAAGGUGGUUGUUUGGUGGAGGAAGAAAUUGGCACAGUGACUUAUUUUUGUGUCAUUUUCACCUUAAAUUUACUGAACAUGGGAAAUGCUGUUCGAGUGUUAAAGUCCCUGUCAGUUAUAUCCCAUGUUUGUACCAGUUAACACUUCACACUGCUGCUGUAAAGUUACAUAUUAACAUGUUAUGAAUGUAGAUUUUUGGAUUAAGUUAACUCUUUACCUGGACUCAACAUGUAUCAUGAAACAAAUUCUAUAUUAAGGAUCACGUGUGUAGGAUUUAGUGGAAACUUCUCCUGUGUGCUGAGCGUGUAGGAGAACUACAGUGGAUGACGUGGAAACGUGAAUAGGCCCAUCUAGAGUCAGAAGCUCUUUUUACAUAGAGAUUGCGCUACAGUGGUGCGGAAAUGAGCCCUAAAACCCAGAAUUGAAAUCGCAUUGUCGCACUUCUGGUUCCCUCGUCUCAAAGUCAGUGGGUUCCUGAAUGGGUUUUUGGUUAGAUGCCUGAAAUAAGGUCUGUGCUUAAAGCUUAAGAGACUUACUUGAUUUGUUCUACAACAUAAAAUACGUUAGUAAAUGCUCCACUCAUGCAUUUCAAUGCUAUUAUGUGUCUUUAAAAAAGCUUACAAGUGGCUAAUGAGACUACAGAACGUCAUCACGCCAAACACGGCUUUACGGCCUAAUUGUGGUGGUGACGAUGAAGUCAUGCAAUAGUUGUGUAGUUUGUCAGCCUAAUGUUAGCUACUUACCUCUGGUGAUAGCAUUUAGCUCUAAAAAUAAAAGUGGUGUUCAUUUAUGACGGUUGAAGUUGUGUGAGAAUCAUAAACUUGUGUUUCCCACAGAGUUUAUUUUCUGCAAUAAUCCAAUGGAAAAAUUCCAUCGGAUUUAUGACAAGAGAACCAGGGCGACGUUAACUUCCACGUUGGCUACAAAAACGUCAUCCCCACAGCACUCUAUAGACCUUAUUCUCAACCGACUUUGCUUAUUUACACAGAACCAAAUAACUUCGCCAUCAUGAUGCCCCAGUGUGUGAUUCUAGACAGCAUGUAGGCAUCCUGGAAGCAAACAAGGUGUGACGGGCAUGACGUGUAACAUGACAGCGUCAGCUUCUAGUGUGACAUAACAUAUGUACUGGCAGGGCUUUACAAACAACGACAAUAGCAUAACAUGUUACUGUCCCGCUAUAUGGCAGCUGAUCUCAUCCUCUGCUCAGAGGGUUAGAAGCUUUCGGACCUUAAUGUUUCCCCAAUUUGUUGUUGUUCUUCUUUGAGUUAGCUGCUAAUUGCUGCUAGAUGCUGUUUAAGUAACCAGGUGGUGGGUUGUACAUAUAAAAAGUUGUCAAAAUGUCACACCCAUCCCGUCCAUGGUCCUGUCCUGCCAGCUGUCUCUUUCACAUAAACGAUUUGACUUGAUUCAGCGCUGUUAUUACUUCAGCUAAUGGCUUAAAGGUGAGACAACCCCUCCCCCCGUUCUGCAAUCGUGCCUUCUAUGGAGAACGGUGAGGCUAAAUAACGGUGUAAUGUUCCUGCCUUGGCUAGGCUGUGUAAAAAGGGGCAAGAAACAAUAAAGACAACAGGCUCUAUAUGUACAGAAGAUAAAAAGGGCUCAUUCUAGGAAAACAAAAAAUUCUUAGUUCCGGGUGAUUAUAAAUCAAUAAAAUCAGAGUUAUGAAUAUUAUGUACCAUUUCUGCCAAAAGAGGCCUCUAAAUCCUACACACUGGAACUUUAAAUUUGAUUAUUCAAAUAACCGAUCAAUUAAGUUCUUAUUUAACACAGAGUAAUUCCUCCGAAACACAGAAACAGAAAAGCGUACGAGCUCCACAGACACAAAGUGUGACAGUUAAUAGUUGAACGUUUGGACGAUGUUUUUACAGAAAGUGUUUAUUUUAGAAAGUAGCAUGUCGUGGAGGGUUCAAAGUGGUAAGAAUUGGGUGCUUAGUCUUUGGAUUUGAUGUCUUCUUGAUUCCUUUUCAGUCCCACAUCUAAAGCUAGACAACAUCUAGGCUAGUCGAUCGUAGCUGUACGUUUACCAAUCAGACUGAGCUGAAUCCUCAAGAGAUGUGAAAGCCGAGACAGAUGAUACGAUCGAGUUUAAACGGGGAAAUGUAUCUAUGAAAGUGAUGAAGAAAGCAUAUGGGAAGUUGACCAGCGUCUUAGCAAGUGUUUAUGGUAAACUAGAGAUAUCCAAAGUAAUAUUCUGUAGUCGCCUCUAGAAAACUGUGGUUUAAAGGUGAAACUUUGUGCGAACUGAGAUGGUUUGUGUUCCUGUUGUAACUGCCUUGAGUUCCUGUAAUCUAUUAGCACCUUGAAGAUUCAAGAUAUCGGCCUCAAGGGUUGUAGUAAAUCAUUUCUAACAGCAUUAUAUAUGACUUUAAAUAGUAUGGCAUCAUUAAUAAAGGUGACAGUAAUAUGAUAGAGCUAAUGCUUAUUCAUGCUUGUAAAUAGUGUAAAACAUGUGUGAUUGUAUGGCUUUUAUUUGACUUCUUUUUGUUAUGAUAUUUCACUUUGGGGGAACGUUUUGACUUUGUAGAGGCUGCGGAAACAUAAACCUCCCUGAACAUGUCAGUCAUGAUAUUCAAAGUUUUCUCACUGAUUCUCAAUAACACAGUAAUAAUACAGAAUGACAUAUUAAUCUGAAUGUUUUUAACUGAGAAUACUGAUAAAAAUUAACUUAAAUUUUGAGUCACAGCAGCAUGUGGUUAUUGUAGUGGCCUGUGUCAGGGAUUUAUAAAAUAGAGUAAAACAUGAAUUGUGUUUGGGGCAAGUGAUACGGUGAAGAAUACAAUGCAUGAAUGAGAAAUGCAAAAAUUAGAGUGUAAGAAUUGAUACAGGGGAAUAAUGUAGUAUAUGUACAACAUAUAAAUAUAUCUUUAGUGUGUACAUGAGGAGUUUAUUAAAAUUAUAAACAUGUAACAUGAAAUUUAUGGCAAAAUGAAUGAACACAUAUACAGCCAGUCUCCGAAAUGUUAUGUGUAUACAGGAAGUAAAUGUAUAGAUGUCUAAAAGGUGGCAGAUGAAGGCAUGUUCUGCAAAACGACGUUAAUUAAACCAGAAACUUGUGCAAAGUCCAAAACUCUUCUUCCAGAGUGAAAUAUCGUUUUAACAUUGCACACCAGUUUUACACAGUUCCUCGUUUCUGUGAAAAAUAUGAAGCAACGUAAACAGACUGUUUGCAUCUACAUGAAAUCCCGCCGACUGCAGAAGAUAUUUUAUUGUGAUGAUGAAUACUGCUGAGUAAGACAUUCUUCACCUGACACACUGAAUAUUGACGUGUUGUGAAAUAAAAUUUCUUUGAAGGAAAUCUUUGUCCACUUUUGCUCUGUAUGUUUAUGAGUCUGUCAAUGGAGUGACACCAAGGCAAACACAGAUAUUAAAGGGAUAGUUCAGAUUUUUUGAAGAGGCUUUUUAUGGGGUACUUACCUAUACUCCAUGUUGAUGUCUGUCAACAUGCCCCCAGUUUGGAAAAGUGUCAGGAGUGCUGACACAGAAGCUAAGUAAAAAUCAAUAUCACUAUAAGUGGACACUAUAUUGAGACUAUUUUCACCGUUUUACCUUGCUGUCAGACAACCUGUUCUGACGGGGAAGCCCAUUACAGCUUCGGUUCCCCAUCUCUUCAAAGCCACCAGACUCCACUGACAAAAACAUAAUUUUGGUAGCUGAACACUGGAGUUGCUGACCUACAGCUGCCUCACUCAAUUAGUUAAUCUGUGUUAUUGUGUGACUUUGUUGAAUUUAAACUAAACCCUUUAUUUAUUUUUUGGUAAAGAUUUGUUUUUAUGUGCAGGAGCAGUUCCAAAAAUGUGUCAGAUUUCCAUUUGUGCAUUUGAAAAUAUUAUUUUAAAAAGAAAAAGUAAAAGGACAAAGAUAC